UCCUCAUUUACUUGCAAUCAACGUUGUAAUAUUCAGCUAGGGUGAAUUUAGGUUGAUCUAUUAGGUAUCACUAGUAUUCCUGAUAGCAUUAUGGUGUCGGCAAACGAUUUCGAAUGGCCUGACAUGUAUAACUUCCCUCCAUUCUUUACACUGCAGCGGACCGAGAAAACGCAAGAGCGUCAAUUAGAGCAAUGGAGCGAGCUAAUCAAGGCUUAUUAUAAACAUACCAUUGCGUACGAACUGACGAUUACAGAGGCCGCAGGCUCAGAAUUGUUUAGGAAUGCUGAAAUAAAUCGGCGGGCGAGUGACGAAUUGAUCCAAAAGAUAAUCAGCACGCUAGAGAAAUCAGGGAAUGCGGAAUGUAUAGAUCAAGAUCGCAAUAGAUUCCGCAUAUAUUGGCGUUCAAUAGCUGCGUGGGCCAAUACUAUAUAUUCAUGGAUCGAGAAGACGUCACGAACAGAUAUGGUGCUCACAUUCUACGAACUCAGGGAAGGCGACGAAUCAGAGGGCGAAGAAUUCCAUGGCAUGGAUCUAGUCACGUUCCAAAAGGCGUUGGAGGAUCUCGAGAAGGUGGGCAAGUGUACUAUCUUUCAAGGUGACGAAACAGAUGGCGAUGGUGUUAAGUUUUAUUCAGUAUAGCCUAAAUUCUACAAUAAAAAUUUGUACUAUAUUUCAAUUUGCUCCUUUAAGUUCCUAAAUUCUGCUGUCUAUGUGUUAUUGAGAC